UGUCUGGGAACAUGGCGCCCACCAAAGUACAGCACGUUGUGGCUGAUGCAGGUGCUUUUCUUAGGAACGCAGCUCUUCAGAAUAUCGGAACAAACAUCUACACCGUGCGGGAGGUUGUGAGUGAGAUCAGGGACAAGGCGACCAGGAGGCGGCUGGCUGUUCUGCCCUAUGAGCUGCAGUUCCAAGAACCUAGCCCAGAGAAUAUACAGCACGUGACUGAGUUCUCUAAAAAGACAGGAGACUAUGCCAGCCUUUCAGCCACAGAUAUCAAGGUUCUUGCUCUCACGUACCAACUGGAGACUGAGCAUGUUGGGAAGGAACACCUCAAGGCAGAACCCUCUCAGAAGGUCUCUAUCAGAUCCACAUCCCAGCACCCAGAGGCUCCUGUUAAUGUUGCAGGGUUUCAUUUCCCCUCUAAGGCCACAAAUAAAAAGGAUUGUUCAACAAGGGAACCAACUGAAGAAAACCCUGAUAAUCUGAGUUCAGAAAAUACUGAGUUUGACUCUUUCUUGUUCUGGAGAAGCCCUUUACCCAGCAUAGAGGAUGACCUGUUGGAGCUGAUGCAGAAUGCCCAAGUUGUGUCUGUGACCCCAAAUGCUGAGCAAGAAGCAACUCCUGUAGGUCUGAUAGAUAAGUGCCAUGCUUUAGAGGAAUUACCAGAUGCUGGGACAUCCAGUGAGGAAGAAGAAAAUGAUGAUCAAGGUUGGAUCACACCUAGCAACAUUAAACAAAUCCACCAAGACAUGGCAGUAAGAGAGGCCCCUGUUAAUGUUGUUGUUGGCUGUCUGACAACAGACUUUUCUAUGCAGAAUGUUCUCAUUCAGAUGGGGCUGCACGUGUUGGCUGUUGAUGGAAUGCUGAUUCGGCAAACAAGAAACUACAUCUUGCGUUGUCAUGGCUGUUUCAUGACUACCUCUGAUAUGUGCAAGACUUUCUGCCCUAAAUGUGGAAAUCCAACUCUAAAGAAGGUAGCUGUGUCUGUAAGUGAGGAUGGCAGUGUCCACAUGCACUUAUCCAAAAACCCCAAAGUGCUCAAUUCUCGUGGAAUGAGGUAUUCUCUGCCAGCCCCACAAGGUGGAAAGCAUGGUAAAAAUCCAUAUCUAGUGGUGGACCAGCGGUUUCCACAGGAGCGCCAGUCUAAGAAAGCUAGAGCCAAGACUGAUGUCUUUAACCCAGAUUACAUAGCAGAGGUAUCACCCUUUGCUGAGAAUGACAUUUACAGCCGUGCUGCUAAUCUUCAGAUCCGCGAUGGAGCCCUGGGAGCUGGCCGCAGACGCAUCAAUCCCAACACUCCCAGAAAAAAGGGUGUAAAGCAAAGAUGAGCAACCCACACAUUACACAGGAUCAGUUGGCUGGACUGGGGGCUUCUCUCUUAUCCAAAGAGAGGAAACAUAUUUAUUGGAAAAUCUCCUUGUUUUUUACUGUUGAAGUUCCUGUGAUUUUGUGUUCAGCUUCAGGAGUGCCAGUUUUUGUACAUGAAGCACGAAAAAAAAAAAAAGAGUAAUAACAAGAGCUUGUUAUUUUCAGAUGUUCUUAAGAUUUAUCGAAGCAAUUGAGUUUACAUCUGGACUGUUUUAUUAUUGAAUAUUAAUUCUUCGGACUAUAUUCCAGCAUUGCCAUAUCUAUUUCUAAUGGCAAUAUUUAGAGAUGAAAAAGUGAUUGUUUAUUUUGCCUCUUUUCUGUAUCUCCAGUAAAUUACUGACUUGCCUUGCAGUUUUAGCCUUGCCUGUCUGGCACAACAGUACUUGCUAUGUCAAAUACUUUUCUAUUAUAAUCCCUUUAAAAGAACAGUUCAGUGUAAAAAUGAAACUGGGUAAAAUAGAAAUACUAAUAUUUCUAAUAUACUGUUUAUACUCGAGUAUAAGCCUAGUUUUUCAGCACCCAAAAUGUGCUGAAAAAAGUCACCCUCGGCUUAUACUCGAGUCGGGUGCCAUGGGUCCCUCUAGACUUGCACCCUCUCUCCUUUGUGUGCAAAUUAGGCCACCCACAACCAGACCCUCCAGUGCCCUGGCCUAGGCUCCCACUAGCAAUACUUAUUUCCCCUUACAUCCCUCCGGGACAGGGUCUGCUGCCAGUUUGCCAAUGUGCAAUGAGCGUGGGGUAGUACUCAUAUUGUUUUUGUUGACCCUCUGUUACUGUUUUUCUUUUGAAAUAAAUAUUGAAUAACAUAUACCCCA